AUGUAUAAUAAAAUUGUUAAAGUGAAACCUAUUCCAAUUGAUCCUAAGAAUCUAUCAUCAAAAUUAUCAGAUUUGAAACUGUCACCAAAUUGGAAAACAAUACCUCCUCUUGAAAGCAAGGAUUCAAACAUAAAGAUAGGUCAUAAAUUGGUAAGAGAAACAAUUAAAUUCAAAAACUUCGAAAUAACAUGGGCAUUUUUGAAUCAAUUAGCAAUGAGAUGCCAUCUUUGGGGUCAUCAUCCAACUAUUUCUACUACUUAUAAUAAAGUUGAUUUACAAUUAUUUAAUCAUGAUUUAAAUAUGAUUACUGACAUUGAUUUGAAAUUGGCAUCUAAGAUUGAAUCAUAUAUAAAUCUAUAUAAUCAGGCAUCUCAGGAAAUAAAAAAAGAAUAA